AUGUCUACUUUCUUUGAUGAAUUAAAAACUUCGUUUAAAGACGUUCCUGUGGGAACUGACGGUGGCAUUUCGUCAUUAGAGUUCAUUGAAGCAUCUGAAGGUCUUAUAAAGCUCUUUAACCUCCUUGGAAAUCCUGCCUUUUCAAUUAUCCAGAGAGACUUAGUGACAAAUAUCAACAAGCUACGUUAUAGGCUUGAUACCUUUCCUGAUGACUCAAAAACGUUACAGGACAUGGUAGUCAACGAACGUGCCAAGGGGGUAAAGGUGGCUUCGGAGGGGUUGCUUUGGUUAGUCAGAAGCUUAGAGUUUAUGGAGGAAGCUAUUAGAGAGCUUGUUCAAGACUCCGACAUAGAAUUGACUAAUGCGUUCAAUAAGGCUUAUAGUAGGACCUUGAGCCGUUACCAUGGAGUGUUGGUUAGACCAGUAUUCAAACUAGUUAUGAAAGCAACUCCUUAUAGGAAGGAAUUCUUUGCUAGGCUUGGACCUGAUCAGGAAAGAGUCAAUAGGGAAACUAGAGAAUGUUUAGAAGCUUUAGAGAAGAUUGUUAAAAUUCUUACUGUAUUCCUAGAUGAAACCUGCAAAGAUUUGUGA